AUGGCGGACUUUGGUUCUGAUUUUGACCUGUCUGGUCUGGGCGCCAGCGCCUCGGAUAAGGCGGACCUGCAGAGGAUGCUGGCGGUGGAGCAGCAGAAGGCUCAGUUUACGGCUCAGGUGCAUAACUUUAUGGAUGUCUGCUGGGAUAAAUGCAUGGACAAACCUAGCAACAAGAUGGACUCAAGAACCGAGAACUGCUUAGUAAACUGUGUGGACCGAUUUAUUGACACAACCCUGUCCAUCACCAAUCGCUUUGCCCAGAUUGUUCAGAAAGGGACACACUGA